AUGAUUCAAGCAAUAAAGCUAGCGGAAGAGAAGAAGAAGGCGCAAGAGGAGAAGGAAUUAGAGCAAGCAGAAAUGAGGAGGAGAAGAGCUGAAUCACGGGUAGGAACUGCCACAGAAGAUAAGCAGAGGAACGGAGGAGAGGAGGCCAAUCAAGGCACGUCAUCAGGACAAAUAACCAACACCUUGAAAUCAAUCUUAGAUAUAAAGAAAGAAUUCAUUGAGAGAACAUUAGAAGAUUGUCAUAAAGAGGAGGACGCUGAGGAGUUAGAGAAGAUGAAGAAGUCGAUAGAAGACAUGAAGGAAGCCGUCUUAGGUCCAGGUGAAUCGGACAAGGCUGACACUGAAGAUUCAGAAUCAGAAGAGUUGGAGGUGAUAGAAAGGACGAAAAAGAAGAAGAAAGGAAAAGCAAAGAAGAAAUCAUCAUCAGUAUCGUCAACAGAGGAUGAAGAGUGGAGUCGAGAAAGAAAUAGGAAGCUUGGAUCAGUGAUUGAGGCGGACCAAAUCAUACCUGGAAGGGAACCAGCGGAAGACCCCAGGAGGUCCAGCUCGAAGAAGUUGCAAGACAACCGACCACUAUUAGACAGGUUGGUGGAUGCACUCGAAGGUCGGAGUGAUGAGGACCUAGAAACAUUAAGAGAGGAGUAUAGGAAGAAGUCAGCCUUAGAAGACGAGGAGAGGAAGAAGAAGGAGAAAGAUGAGUUAGAGAAGAAGAGGAAGAGGAGAGAAGAGAACGAGGAUAGACGAGGAAGGAGGAAAGGAGAUGAGAAAGGAGAAGGUAGAGAAAGGAAAAGCGAAGAAGAGAUCAGCUCACGAAAAGUCAUCACAAGACACCGACUCUUCCCCAUCAUCGUCUUCAUCAUCAUCCUCAGAAGACGAGAACGAUCCGAAGAAGAAGAACCGAAAGCCUUUGUACGGAGAAGAAGACUCCGAAGAAGAUUCCGAAACAGAUCGAAGGCCAACUGGAGACAGAACAGGAAGCAGCGGGGUGGAAACAGAGGCCAUUGGUAUAACCAAGACGAGACACCAGCUGGUACAAAUACUCAACCUCAAACCUACUAUCAAAAGAAGAGUAUGGGGAAGGAGUGGGUAGCCUUAGGCCAGAAGCAUGCGAAUAACCAAGCAUCAUCUUCUAGCAGAGGAAGCAGGGGAAACGGAAAAGGUUACGGGAAGGGUGAUAGGUGA